GGGCGGGGAGCGCCCGGCGGAGCGGCGGGAGCGGCGUGAGCGGCGGCGGGCGCGGGGCCCUCCCGGCGCUACCUGUGCGAGCGCCGCGGGGCCGGGCGGGGGCCGGAGGCGCUCCCAGCAUGGACUUUGACGGUGGGUUUGCGUCUUCUUUGCCGUUCAGGAGCCCGGAGGAGGCGGCGGCGUCGGUGGGACGAGGGCCGGAUCCCGCGGGCACCGCCGGAGGAAGGGGCAGCCCGGCGGCCGGGCACCGUGCGCGGCGGGGCCACGCUUCCAGCACGCCGCUCGCACGGACACCGCCCCGCCGCGCCGAGUCCCAGACGUGAAGCUCUCUGUGCUGUCCCGGGGACGAGGGGACAACCUGUUAGAAGCAGACGUGGUUCUGAUUUCCUCAGAGAAGCACAAAAGGAGAUGUUCUGUUCUUUGAAAAUAACUGGAGCCACUGGCAAGAAGCAGCAGCACUGCACGGAGCAAGGGAAGCGCCUCCAGGUUAUCCAAACAUGCUGUUGAACUGAGCUUUGCGACUGCAUUUUCUGAUGUACCAUGGGAUGCAUCAAAUCCAAGGCUGCCUUCCAAGGUUGCGGCGCUGUCCAGGAUGAGAGGAUCGCGGGAGGUGUUGAGGGGCGCACCGGGGAGAAGUCGUCGCUGCUGGCGGUGAAGGCGGAGGAGAAGGGCCCCUCGAGCGCCAUCGUGCUGGACUACGCGCACCGCCUGUCGCGGGAGAUCCUGGAGCAGGCGGUCAAGCAGUGGGCGGUGACCGAGAGCAAGUACAGCGACAUCCCCUUCAUCGAGAGCGACGUGCCCUGAGCCCCCGAGCCCGGCCCGCCCCGGGCGCUCUGUGCGUGCUGCCGGCGCAGACAAAGCAGCCCCAGCCGGCCGCCGAGCAUCACUGCGGGAGGGUCUGCGGGGAGAGCCUGGGGAGAUCGCCCUCCAGCGUAGAUCAUCAGCAAACUAACUGGGCCCAGCUGGACCUGUUCAUCGAGUGUCACUCGCUGUCAGCCAUACUUGAGUGUACUCUGUCUUUGUGUGUGUUGGAUGUGACCAGAAAUUAGCGUUAAAAAGAGGAUGAGAAGACUGUGGCUACCCUGCACCUCUACAAGCACUGCCACAGAGGACAAAACAUGGAUUAUUUCUAUGUUCUGCAUAAAAGAUCGGUGGUCUGUCUGUAGGUGAGAUGAACUCUGUGCUUGGUGAAUUUGUCUGCAUUUGGCUGAAGUGAAAUCAAGAUCUGCAUGUAGCAAAGGUUACUGCUAUCAUAAAUUUUACUUUUGAUUCUGUGACCAAUGAAAUCUGUAAAACCACAAAAUCAUGAAGGUGAUGAGAGGUGCUUUGUAAACCCCAGCAGUGUUCAGGGAACCAUUUGGAUGAUGAUGCAAUUCACCUUCCGUUGAAGUGAACCAGUGAGAAACAUGCCAGUGUCAAUAAGCAGUGCAUUAUCAUUAACAGAUGCUUCUGUAAAUGCUUGAAAGCUUGUCUCUAAAACCCUGCAGUAAGAUAGGUUAAUGACAUCUGGUCACCGUGCUUAGACCAAAGCUGUUUGGUUUUUUGGUUUUGUUUGGGGGAUUUUUUGUGUUAGAGUGCUGGCUGGGGAGGAUUUGCUUUUGUUGUUUUACUGUAACCCAGAGGGAUGUGCAAAAACUACUGCUGGUAACUAGUGAAAGGAACCCUCAGGGGUGUGGCAGUGCUUUAGGACAAUUUGUUUCAUGGGAACUGUGGCUGCGUUACACUGAAAUUCCCUCUGAAGUACCACCCCUGGGCCUGGAUGUCUUCCUUCAGCUUCUGUAGGCUGCUGCUUCCCCACUGGAAAAGCUGUCCGUGGCAAUGCCAACAGGAGCACAGGAGCCCCAGCCCUGAGCAGUGCUCUGAAUGCAGAGUUAGGGACUAACUUAGGCCCAAAACUGAAGGGCUGCAUCCACUCCCUGCUCCCUGCUUGCCCAGGACUCCCAGCCUGACCCACUGCACUCACAGCUGGCGUUUCACACAUCAGCACCUGGAUGGAUUGUUCUUAUUCAUCCCAAAGGUACAAUGUUGCUGACGUUUUAUACCAAGUGAAGGCCUUCUAACAGCUUGGCCUUUACCACCUGUUUGUUCCUUUUUCUGUGAUGCCCAGUUUAAAAGACAUAGUUCUUUUUCCUAGAUCAAAAUGCUUCUCAUUUUGUUUUCAUUUUACAGAGAAAUGCUUUCCAUACUGGCUAAAGCUGUUACUAUUUUUAAAAAGUACACAUAGUUCUAGUAAAUGAUCCAGUGCAUGAUUUUUCAAGCAAUGGGAAGCACGCAGAAAGAGGACCAUGUCAAAUGCUGGUUUUAGCUUAUCCUUAGACAUAAGACAGUCUAUGAAUUGAGCUGUUUUGCAAAUGUUGUGACACAAAUGUAGGUAUUCGAAAUUCACCUAUACAGGAAGUGAUUUUAUCAGGAAUAAAGGGUGAAAAAUGUUUCUCUGUGACACAGCACAAGGCUGCCAUUAAGUCCCAGUGACCACACUGCAUUCCCAGUGACCUGCUGUUUAGGCUGUUCUCAGGCUUUUGCUGGAAAAGGGAAUGAAAUCAGCUUAUGCUGUCAUAUCAUCCCCUUUGAAGUUACGUAGUCAUCUUCAAAGCCAUGUGCAAAGUGGGACCAAGGUUUUAUGGUUCACUUAAAUUCUCUGCUAACAGUGACGUUCCUUCAAGUUCUGUAGCAUAUAAAACAUUAGAUCGUACUCUGCUCUAAAAUACCUCCAUAUGUUCGUGUCAGAAAGCAAAGCUAAAACACUGAUCCAAUCCGUACAUAUCAAUUGGAUAUCGUUUAACCACAAUAUUAAAAAAGAUUCCUAUUCUUAUUCUAGCUCUAAAGUAAAGCUUUAUUACAAAAGAAGAAAGGGUCAACCUUUCUAACAUGAGUGUGGGCUCGAGCAUGUUAACACUGCUAACCACAGUAAUUAAAAUAAAGAAGCCAAAGCUGCACAGCCAUGGUUGGCCAGGCAGGCGAGGAGCGGGUGGGGAGCGCCUGGAGGUGGCUCUGCCCUGCUCUGUCCAAGGCAGGCUGGCGGUGGCCGCGGGCGGUCGGGUGUUGCAGCGCCUCCUGUUGCCGUGUCUCCAGCCUUUCCUCCGGACAUUCCUUAGCCUCUGACACUUCAGGAAUAUCGGGUGCGCCUCUGAAAGCAGCGCGCCGCUGGCUCUGCCCCUCGCGGUCCCACAGCAGGCGGGGUUAGAGCACAGCCGAGGUUCCACCCGUGUGCUCAGUCGGGAUUUCCCCGGAGGGCUCGCCCGGGCCCACGGAGCGCGCCCCAGGCCUGUCCCCCGUGCAGGAGCUGCUGUGUGCGGUGCCUGCCCCCGAGCUGCCCGCGGGGCGGCCCAGCAACCAGAGGCUCGGGGUCCAAGCAGUCCCGCACCUGCGGGCACCGAGCCCGGCCCUCACUGGUGCCUGGAGAUUCCAGCGGCUUCACAAUGGCCCGGGUGCAACUCCAGCUGCUUUCCCAUGCUUUCCAUGGCACUGGCACUUCAGGAAAGGCACGCGGCAAAUGCAAAGCAAACAAGCCUGUAAACAACAGGGAGACGGCUUCUCACCAGGAAAAUCAUCUCUUUUACAGGAUGCUGCCCUUAUAAAUAAUGCACUUACCCUUAACAGCAAAUAGAUCUGUUCAGUGCUACAGUCUGGUGAGAGAUGGAGGGAGAUCUCUCUCCAGAGCUCUGCUGUACGUUUAAUAGGCACAAUACCAAUACAUUGUAAAAAUAAAGACUUCUUCACCUAAAUAAAUUUAUGCUAAGCUGUGCUAGAGUUUCACAGAGCCACUGGCAGUGGGUUUCCAGCUACGUUACCAUUGAUUUUUUGACUUGAUUUUGUGUAAUAAAGUUUGGGACUUUAUUUCCAGUUUGGGACUGGCAUACUCUGCAAAACUGUUUACUUCUAUUUAGGAGUUAAAAAUACAUUUGCUUUAUAUUUUCUCCAGGAAACAAGAUUAAUCUGAGUGGGUAUGAUGUGACUGACUUGAUAUUCUAAUAAUGGUUCAAAAUACAUUAACUGCAGCACAACUUUGUAAAGCUGACGUUUCCGGAGUAAGGCACAUCAGUAUUCCCAAAUAAAACACACUACAAUAUAUUUUUACAAUAUUUUUUGUGGAAAAUAUUUUCUUGUGGACCAAAUAAAAUUCAACUUACCAUC